AUGGACAACACCCCACCACCGGCGGCGAGCCCGCCUGUGCCCACUCGUUCUCCGAUCCCCACGCGCGUCGUCACAGAGGCCUCGUCGGUGCUGGCCCGCUCGCACUCCCCGUCGGCCCACAGGCUCGGCCACCAUCAGCACCAGCAGCAGCCGCAACUGCAGCAGCAGCAGCGGUGGCCGCGGGACCACGUCUACAGGCGCAAGGCCGACGGCCGCACCGAGAAGCUGGUGCUGGUGCUGGUCGGCCUGCCGGCGCGCGGUAAGAGCUACAUCGCGCACAAGCUCGUCAACUACCUCAACUGGACCGGACGCCGCGCGCGUCUCUUCAACGUGGGCGCCUUCCGCCGUCUUGCGUCGUCGUCGUCACCGGCUGCAGACUCCUCGCCCGAAGCGGCUGCGACGGGAGCAGAUGGCGGCGGCGAUGGAGCGUCAUCGACGGCCAAGAGCGGAAUGCGACACGACAGCGAGUUCUUCAGCCAUGCCAACGCACGCGCACGCGCGCUGAGGGACGAGCUUGCCUUCACCGUCCUCCAGGAACUGUGCCAGUGGCUCGAUAGCGAAGGAGAUGUGGCGGUAUUCGAUGCAACAAACACAACCAAGGAGCGACGGCGCGGUGUGCUCGAGCGGUGCAGAGCGCACAGCCGAAAGAUCAACGUCAUAUUCAUCGAGAGCAUUUGCGACGACAGACAGGUCCUCGAGUCCAAUUUUCUGCAGAAGAUCCGCAACUCGCCUGACUACCGCAACAUGCCCGAGGAAGAGGCCGUCAAGGACCUGAGAGCGCGCAUCAGUAAUUACGAGGCCGUCUACGAGACGGUCGAGGACGACGAGCAGCUGUCCUACAUCAAGCUCAUCAACCUCCAGUCCAAGGUCAUCUGCAAUCGAAUCUACGGCAAGAUCGCCCAAAAGAUCGCGAUCGACCCAUUUGGUUGA